ACUCCUUUGUGGAGGAAGGACGAUGAAGGCAAGACCGUUUGCAACACAUGCGGCCUCUACUAUAAGCUUCACGGCUCUGCUCGUCCCAUUAGUAUGAAAUCCAAUAUUAUUUGGAAGUGCUCUCGACACAAUGCUCGUGCGCAGCGCUCCUCCCUCACCGAGCCCCCAAGCGCAUCUAACAUGCCUGGCAUGUUAUGA